AUGCAGACGCGUCCGAGCAGUGAGCCGCAUCGCAGCAGGGAGCAGGUGGAGCCGAGGGAUCAGCCCCAGAAAUGCGCCAGUGCCACGUUGGCCAAGAAGCCAGUCACCCCGCCGGCUGCACCACCACCCACUCCGUCCAACAGGGUGGUGGCCCCGCUGACGGUGCCAGUGAUUCAACUCACGCCCGCCCACAGUGAGAGUCCCGUGAGGGCGGGACCGCCGGCCAGCCCGAAGGACACCGUCGCGUCCCUUCCCGACAGCAGCAACAAGGAGAACCAGCCGGCCAAGCCCCUACCCCCCAGUAAGUCCUGCCCCCUGGGCGCCCCCACCAACUACGUGGCCCGGCGCACCUGGAUCACCACCGAGCGGAUGAACGAGCUGCGGCGGAAGGCCCAGGAGGCGGCCAAGCAGAACAAGAUCUUCACCAUCCGUGGGUGCUUCAACUCGGUGCGGAACGCCCUGCUGGCGAGGGGCUGGGUGGAGAAGCUGGACGUGCACCGGAAGGUGAUGCCGACGGGGCAGAUGACCUACGAGGACCUCACCCAGCGACUGCCCAAGAGGAAGGCGGGCGAGACGCGACGGCAGUACGUGCAGAAGUGCGAGAGGAACAUCAUGUCGCGGUUCCUGGAGCACAUGCCCGUCGAUUUCCUGUGGACGAACCGCAAGGAGAAGUGCGACUACAUCGACCAGGCCAAGAACCCCGGCAUGACCAUCAACAAGUUCCACCGGGCACCGUUCACCUCGAAGGAGGGUCUGUGCAGCCAGCUGCGCGACUUCCACUGGUUCUUCGAGGAGGGCACCGCCGAGAUGUACUUCCCCCGGUGCUACAACGUGUGGAGUCCCGAGGAGCUGGGCGAGUUCAUCGAGAACUUCAAGCUGACCGCCUGCGUGGCCUUCCUGCGGGCCAUGCUCUGCCGGUACCACAAGCAGGGCUCCGAGGCGGUCUUCUCCUGCGGCGGCAAGAUCCCCUACUCCUCGAUCGACUUCGCCUACAAGCGCCUGGUGGAGUUCCUCGACAGCUGCCAGCACAACGACAUCGACUUCGAGGACCCGCCCAAGAUCUGGGAGCACGACUGGGACGCCUUCCUGUUCCAGCACCACCAGCUGGUCAACGAGGACGCCCGCAUCCAGCACGACGGCGGCCAGCGGGUGGACCCGAUGGUCAAGAGCUGCCUCUCGCUGGUCGACAAGAUGAAGGUGCACUGGCCGCAGUACAGCCUCGACGGCUACCAGAACCUGUGGAUCGUCAAGCCGGCCAACAAGUGCCGCGGCCGGGGCAUCAUCCUCAUGGACAACCUCAAGAAAAUCCUGGGCGUGGUCAACCCGUCGAUAGCCUCCAAGAGCCGCUAUGUGGUGCAAAAGUACAUAGAACGACCGUUGAUCUUGUUCCAAACCAAAUUCGAUAUCCGCCAGUGGUUUCUCAUCACCAACACCCAGCCCCUGGUGGUGUGGUUCUACCGGGAGAGCUACUUGCGGUUCAGCUCGCAGGAGUACAGCCUGAGCAACCACCACGAAUCGGUGCACCUGACCAACUACGCGAUCCAGAAGAAGUACACCAACGGGAAGCGGGACAAGCGACUGCCGAGCGAGAACAUGUGGGACUGCUACUCCUUCCAGGCGUACCUCCGCCAGAUCGGCAAGUACAACAUGUGGCUGGAGCGGAUCUUCCCCGGAAUGCGCAAGGCCAUCGUUGGCUGCAUGCUGGCCUCCCAGGAGAACAUGGACCGGCGGCCCAACACCUUUGAGUUGUUUGGCGCCGACUUCAUGAUCUGCGAGAACUUCUACCCGUGGCUGAUCGAGAUCAACUCCAGUCCCGACCUGGGAGCCACCACCAGCGUGACCGCGCGGAUGUGUCCGCAGUGUUUGGAGGACGUCGUCAAGGUUGUUAUAGAUCGGCGCACGGAUCCCAAGGCGGACAUGGGCAACUUCGAGCUGGCCUACCGCCAGGUGGUCCCGCCCACGCCCGCCUACAUGGGCCUCAACCUGUUCGUCAAGGGCAAGCAGGUGCUGCAGAAGGUGAGCCACGGCGGGGGGCAUGGUCACUACCAGCAGCAGCGGAAGGAGCGAUCGCUGGCCACCAGCAGCGUUUACCGCCAGCGGUCGGCCAUCAUUCAUCCGGCGACGAGUAUUUCGCGGAUCCACCGAGCCAUGCCCACCUUCAAUGCCACCGAGUACAUGGAGAAGUACAUGGUGGAGCCCCUGAGCAGCAGUCGCAGCAGCCUGUGCAGCCAGCAACUGCAGAAGUCGCCUUCCGUGGCUCCCGUCCUCACCGCUCCCCAGUCGGGCUCCCUCAGUCCCUAUCUCCUCAAGCAGGCGGGUCGCUCCGUCACCCAGCUGCUAAGCGCCUCCCACAAGCGCAACACGGCCGGAUCUCUUACGGGGGAGCCCAUUCCGCACUCCGCCCUGCCCCCCAAACGCCAGCGCAGCUGUGGGCCCAGGCUCAGCUCCACGAAUCCCGUGGAGAGUGCCGAGAAGAAGUUCAAGAUCCUGAUCAAAAACUAUUCGGCAGCCGGAAACGAGUCGCUGCGGGAGACGCGACCGCCGGCAGCAGUUAGCUCGUCCGCGGCUCCGGUGAUGAGCGAGCGGAAGUGGCGCAGCUUGCGCAACAUUGCGGCCACUACGGGUGCGGGUGUGGGUGCGGGCAUCUCCUCCAACUCCGCGUCGCGGUCCAAAGGAGCCCCUGCGGCUGCUCCUAGCUUGCCGACGCGCCGCUUCAUCCGCACCAAGUCCGAGAUCGACAGCACGGUCAGCAUGCACGCCAUUGGCAGGACCUUUGGCCGGAAGUCGAACGGACCCAGGCUGCCGGUGAGUAUUUCCGUGCAGGCCCUGCACCGGGGAGAGCCCAUUGUGGCGGCUCUGAAGCAGGCCACCAGCGAGCUGCAGCUCUCCCAGGCCCAGAUGAUGAGUCCUCGCACGGCCCUGGCCAACAAGCUGAACAGCUCCACGCUGACUGUUCCCACGCCGACUGUUCCCACGCUGACUGUUCCCACGCCAGCACUUCCGGUGGGCUAG